AAAAAAGGAGGAAUAACAAGCCAUAUUUAGAAGUAUAUCAGUUAAUCCAGAAGUGGCUCUCCAGAAUUCCCUCUCCCCGUCUCUCUAAAUUCACCAUUUAUCCUUCUUUUUUCAAUUUCUAUAGCUGUUUAAUUUAUUUUAUAAACAUUCACUAUAAACUGUCUUAAAUAUUUGCCUCCUAGCAGGGCCAAGAUAGGGACGUUUGCGGGUUCAAGCCAUUGGCACCGGCUACCAUCUUGGUCCUGCCUCCGCUCAGCAAACGGAGGCAGGAGCCAUCAAACGCACCUUAGCUUCACAACAGGUUGAAACCAAGAAAAGGGGGGUGAAAAAGGGGAAAAGAAGUUCAGAAAUACCUGCAAAAAGAAUAAAGGAAUGGAAACUCUUAAGUUUCUGUUCCUCUUCUUCGCCGCUUUAACAGUAAUAGUUCAUGCCAAUAUCGCUGAAUUAGAUGAAUAUUGGAAGCAGCGAGCGGAUGAAGCCAAAGAAAACACACUUCAGGCUUAUCGCCCUGACCCUUUCAACGUCACCAACCAACUUAAUUACCAGGUUAACAAGGCCACGGAUACGAUGAAUCACAAUGGCACCAGAAGGAACCUGCUGAGGAAAAAAGCUAGUGGUCCAUGCAAGGCCACUAACCCUAUAGACAGAUGCUGGCGGUGCAAUCCCAAGUGGGCUACCCACCGAAAGAGGCUAGCAGAAUGCGUCCUUGGCUUUGGCCACAGAACCACUGGUGGAAAGGACGGCAAGAUUUACAUAGUCACUGAUCCCUCAGACAAUGACAUGGUUAACCCCAAACCUGGAACCCUUCGCCAUGCAGUGAUCCAAAAGGGACCCCUUUGGAUCGUUUUUGCCAAUAGUAUGAUAAUCAGACUCAACCAGGAACUCAUGAUAACCAGCGACAAAACCAUUGAUGCUAGAGGAGCCAACGUCCAUAUUGCUGGUGGUGCUGGUCUUACUCUUCAGUUCGUCAAGAAUGUUAUCAUCCAUGGCCUCCACAUUCAUGACAUUGUCGCCGGCUCCGGCGGAAUAAUUAGGGAUUCCGUUGAUCACUAUGGAUUCAGGACGAGGAGCGACGGUGAUGGGAUUUCCAUCUACGGAUCCACCAACAUUUGGAUUGAUCAUGUUUCCAUGUCCAAUUGCCAGGAUGGGCUGAUUGAUGCCAUAAUGGGUUCAAGUGCCAUUACUAUCUCCAACUGCCAUUUCACCAAACACAAUGAGGUGAUGUUGUUCGGUGCAAGCGAUGGCCACACCGGUGAUUCUCUAAUGCAAAUCACGGUGGCGUUCAACCACUUCGGUAGAGGAUUGGUGCAAAGAAUGCCUAGGUGCCGAUGGGGUUUUGUCCAUGUUGUCAAUAAUGACUACACUCACUGGCUCAUGUACGGCAUUGGUGGUAGCCGCAAUCCUACCAUCAUCAGCCAAGGAAACCGAUUCAUUGCUCCUGAUAACGUUUCUGCUAAAGAGGUUACAAAGAGGGAUUACGCAAUGGAAAGUGAGUGGAAGAAUUGGAAUUGGAGAUCAGAAAGAGAUUUGAUGAUGAAUGGAGCAUUCUUUGUUCAAUCUGGGAAUCCUAUGGUUAACAAGCAAUUCUCAAGGCUCCAGCUGAUCAAGUCCAAGCCAGGAACAUUCGUGACCAGGCUCACACGCUAUGCUGGUGCACUUGACUGCCACGAGGGAAAGCCCUGUUAGAGUUUUCAUGCAUCGGUUCCCAACCCACCGCACCCACCCCCUCUUUUUUCUAAGAAAAAAAAGAAAAUCUGUUGGAUCUCCCUUGGCAACUAAUUAAAAGGAAGGAGGUUUUAUAUGGAAUGUUUUUUAAUUACUUUUUAUUAACCAGUAGUUGUUUUCAUAUAUUUUUUUUAAUGAUUGUUGAAGU